AAUGUGACGUGGGUUCGUGGGAGUGAAAUGAGUGUCUGCUGUGAAAGUUGUUUUGGUGGGAAUGUUUAUUGUUGAUACGACGGUGCUGUUGGGGCAGUGGACAUCAACAGCUAGAAAUGACGAUCUUUAGCCUGGGACUCAAUAGGAACACAAAGCUUAUUUUAUAUUCUUUAGGGAUUUUCGUGUGUUAUUUUUACUAUGGUAUUAUACAGGAAAAAAUUACUAGAGGAACUUACGGUGAAGGCGACGAAAAAGAAAAGUUCACCUUUGCCUUGUCGCUCGUUUUCGUGCAGUGUGUUGUGAAUUAUGGCUUUGCCAACAUUUUACUGGCAACAAUAAUGAAAAACCAGGGAGAAGACCAUACCCGGACGAUAUAUUACGCCUGCAGUGCUUUGACAUAUUUACUAGCAAUGGUUUGCAGCAAUAUGGCAUUGCAGUGGGUUAACUACCCGACACAGGUCGUUGGAAAAUCAGGAAAACCCAUUCCUGUAAUGGUUCUUGGUGUGUUGCUGGGAAGGAAGACAUAUCCACCACGUAAAUAUUUAUUUGUGUUGUUGAUUGUCAUUGGUGUUGCGGCUUUCAUGUACAAAGACAGUGCAGCAAAGAGUAGCCAGAGUGAAGGUGGAGGGCUAGGAGAGGUGCUGUUACUGUUGUCAUUGACAAUGGAUGGGCUUACGGCAGCAGCACAAGAGCGAAUGGCAGCUGAGCAUGGAACAAAGUCAGGGCACAUGAUGCGUGGAAUGAACCUGUGGUCAACAAUGUUCCUGAGUGUAGCUGUGUUGCUAACUGGUGACGGGCUGGCUGCUUUGCAGUUUUGCCAACGUCAUCCAGCAGCUGCAUCGCAUUUGGCCACAUUGGCACUUUCUUCUGCCCUUGGUCAGCUCUUCAUCUUUCUAACUGUUACUGAAUUUGGCCCACUAGCCUGCUCUGUAGCAACGACAACUCGAAAAUUUUUCACGGUUUUGGCAUCUGUGUUAUUUUUUGGGAAUCGUCUUGUGUGGCCACGUCAGUGGCUUGCAGCCAUUCUUGUGUUUACUGGUUUAACAUUAGAUGCAAUGUAUGGGAAGUCACCAGCACCACGUAAAACGUAGCGUCCUGGGUUACCCAUGGCGAGGUGCUGUGCAUCCUCAGAAUAACUUUUACUAAUGUGAUAUGUAAAAUGUACUGAUAAUCUGAAACCUAUAACAAAUACAGUCACAUCUUACUCUCACAUUAGCAGAAAACCAUUCUGUCAAAGUAUCCUAGGUGUUUUACACCAAUGAAAUGAAAUGCGUGUUUAUAUGAAUAUCUUACAACAUGAUUAUGAAUGUGUCAAUCAAAUAGAUGACCUUGUUCAUUUUGUAUAUGUUAGCUGUAAAUGGCACAAUUUAUGAAUGUGUGUGAAAUUUAUGUUUGAAUUUGAUAUCAGUGACUUGCGAUAUUUAACUAUUUGGCAAAUUACACAUCCUUAUGUAUGUGCCAACGUAUGUGAAAGAAUCAAAAUAGGUUUUAUGUUAUUACUACAGGCAAUUUUUCUGCAGUUUGUCAUUAUUUUUAUGGUUUCUCAUCCCAGGCAUAAAGGAACUUCAUAUUUACUUGUGUGCUGAAAAAAUAUUAUACAUAUACCAUGCAUGAAAAUAGAAACAUUAAGAAAAAUUGUACACUAGGAAUAACCAUUUAAUUUAUUUUA